CUCAUAAAAGUCGUGCAAUAUUUUUUUUUUUUUUAUUCUUCUUAAGAAAAUAUUUCCAAUAUAUUUGACGAACGCAUGCAUUGCAUCAAGGCUUUUAAAGUUUGAACUUCUCACUUCGGUUGUUUAUAUUUCCCUCCCAGAAUUUGAAAAUCAUAACAGAGUUUCCCUCUUUCUCUCUCAAACACGCUCUCUGAGCCUACAGUUUGCAUCUCGAUUCGAAAAUGCAAGCGUUCAAAUCCGAAGAAAUCAGUCAAUUGCAGAUCGUGGAACGUGAAGAGCUCGAGGAUGAAGAAGAUCUAUUUGAAGCCAUUGAUAAGCUGACUUCUCAUGGAAUUAAUGCGGGAGAUGUUAAGAAGCUGCAAGACGCUGGAAUAUAUACAUGCAAUGGCUUGAUGAUGCACACAAAGAAGAACUUGACUGGUAUAAAAGGUCUAUCGGAGGCUAAAGUUGAUAAAAUAUGUGAAGCUGCCGAGAAGAUAGUGAAUUUUGGCUAUAUCACUGGAAGUGAUGCUCUGCUCAGAAGGAAGGCUGUUGUACGUAUCACUACUGGAAGUCAGGCUCUUGAUGAACUGUUAGGAGGUGGUAUUGAAACUCUACAAAUUACCGAAGCUUUUGGGGAAUUUAGGUCUGGAAAAACACAGCUAGCUCAUACUCUCUGUGUUUCAACACAGCUUCCAACCAAUAUGAAAGGAGGGAAUGGGAAGGUUGCUUAUAUAGAUACUGAGGGAACUUUCCGACCUGAUCGUAUAGUUCCAAUUGCUGAAAGGUUUGGCAUGGAUGCUGGAGCUGUACUUGAUAAUAUAAUAUAUGCACGUGCCUACACAUACGAGCAUCAAUACAACCUGCUCCUUGGUUUGGCAGCAAAGAUGUCAGAAGAACCUUUUAGACUUCUGAUUGUUGAUUCAGUCAUUGCUCUGUUCAGAGUAGACUUCACUGGAAGAGGAGAACUUGCAGAACGCCAGCAAAAGUUGGCUCAGAUGCUCUCCCGAUUAACAAAGAUUGCUGAAGAAUUUAAUGUAGCAGUGUAUAUGACAAACCAAGUGAUAGCUGAUCCAGGUGGCGGGGUGUUCAUAUCUGAUCCAAAGAAACCAGCAGGGGGACAUGUUCUUGCUCAUGCAGCCACUGUGAGAUUGAUGUUUAGGAAGGGAAAAGGUGAACAGCGUGUCUGCAAGGUGUUUGAUGCACCAAAUCUCCCAGAGUCCGAAGCAAUAUCCUUUUGUUAUAACUAUUAUACUAUUUUAUCAAAACAUAGUAAUCAUAAAAAGUAAUUAAUUGUAUUGUUUAUUGUAGUAUCUUACUUUCAUUACUUCUUUUUACCAUGAAAAUCUACCAAUUUACCACAAUGUCAUUUAAGAAGCGAAACAACUUUUUCUUUCACAAUUGGGUAGAAAUUUCAAAUUAUUUCGAAAAAAAAUGAAAGUACAAUGCUAUAAUGCAACAUUAAAAAAAGUUUGGAACUAUAAUGUUAUAAUAUAAAAAAAUGAAAGUAGGAUGCUUAAUCACAAAUAAAUGAAAGUACAUUGCUAUUUCAUAUGUUUAGCUGUUAAUGUCAUGAAAACUUGCCUAUAACAAAAGCAACAAAUUAUAAAUAUAUAUUUAUAGAAUUUAAAUUUCAUAUUCAGUAUGGCACUUCUUUAAGAAGUUUUAAAUGACUUUGGGUAAACAUGUUUUAAUUGUUAUGUUAC